UUGGCGAGGCAGAGAGAAUAAAGGCAGCACGGUGCUUGGCUUUUGAACUGAGUUCAAGGCAAUUAAAGUCAAGGGCUGAGGGGAGAAGAAGGGGGCUUAGGAACAGGAGCAUAAUAAGCAGUAUGGCUGGAGCGCUCUGUAAAUUAACUCAAUUAGACGGGGCCUGAUUUAACGGGGAGGGCUGGCGAGAAGCGUUUCCCUCAUUAAAUCUGAUGGUGGAGGAGCUUCUGCCGAAAUUAAAUUUGCGUUAGCUGUCUGAGUCACACAAAUGUGCACGGGCGUGUACCCAUGUGCACACGUGCAGGUUCUGCGAUUUAGGUGGGAAUUUUGAGAGGGAGAGGAAAGGGCUGGAACUGAAAAACAAACAAGAAAAAAGAAAAGAAAAGGGAAGGGAAGGGAAGGGAAGGAUUUGAGUGAGCGAAGGCAAGAGGCAAAGCCAGGCAGAACAGAGGCGGGACGCCUGCUCAGGUCUCCCAAUUACGAAGGCAUGGGCCUUGUGCAAUGGGGGCUUCUGCUGGCUUGCCUGGGGUGCGGAAUUCUGCUGCGAGUUCGGGCUCAGUUUCCCCGGGUCUGCAUGACCUUGGAAGGGGUGCUGAACAAAGAGUGUUGCCCACCCCUGGGCCCCGAGCUGUCCAACAUCUGUGGAUUUCUGGAAGGCCGUGGGCAGUGCACAGAGGUGCAGACAGACACCAGGCCCUGGAGUGGCCCUUACAUCUUCCGGAACCAGGAUGACCGUGAACAAUGGCCAAGAAAAUUCUUCAACCGGACAUGCAAGUGUGCAGGAAACUUCGCUGGUUAUAACUGUGGAGACUGCAAGUUUGGCUGGACCGGACCCAACUGUGAGGAGAGGAAGCCACGAGCCCUCCGGCAGAAUAUCCAUUCCCUGACUCCCCAGGAGAGGGAGCAGUUCCUGACCGCCUUAGACCUGGCGAAGAAAACUGUCCAUCCAGACUACGUGAUCACUACGCAGCACUGGCUGGGACUGCUGGGACCCAACGGAACCCAGCCACAGGUCGCCAACUGCAGCGUGUAUGACUUUUUUGUCUGGCUCCAUUACUAUUCUGUUCGAGACACGUUAUUAGGACCAGGACGCCCCUAUAAGGCCAUAGAUUUCUCACACCAAGGACCUGCGUUUGUAACCUGGCACAGAUACCAUUUGUUGUGGCUGGAAAGAGAUCUCCAGAGACUCAUCGGCAAUGAGUCCUUCGCUUUGCCCUACUGGAACUUUGCAACCGGAAAGACGGAGUGUGACGUUUGCACAGACGAGCUGUUCGGAGCAGCAAGACAAGAUGAUCCAACGCUGAUCAGUCAGAACUCAAGAUUCUCCACCUGGGAGAUUGUGUGUGACAGCUUGGAUGACUACAACCGCCGGGUCACACUGUGUAAUGGAACCUAUGAAGGUUUGUUAAGAAGAAACCAAGUAGGAAGAAAUAGCGAGAAACUGCCAACCUUAAAGAAUGUGCAAGAUUGCUUGUCUCUCCAGACGUUCGACAAUCCACCUUUCUUCCAGAACUCUACCUUCAGCUUCAGGAAUGCUCUGGAAGGUUUUGAUAAAGCAGACGGCACUCUGGACUCUCAAGUCAUGAGCCUUCAUAAUCUGGUCCACUCCUUCCUGAAUGGAACGAAUGCUUCGCCACACUCCGCCGCCAAUGACCCUGUGUUUGUGGUCCUCCAUUCCUUUACAGACGCCAUCUUUGACGAGUGGUUGAAGAGAAACAACCCUCCCACAGAAGCCUGGCCUCAGGAGCUGGCACCCAUUGGUCACAAUCGGAUGUAUAACAUGGUUCCCUUCUUCCCGCCAGUGACUAAUGAGGAACUCUUCCUAACCGCAGACCAACUUGGCUACAAUUAUGCUAUUGAUCUGGCAGCGGAAAAAGCUCCAGUUUGGACCACCACCCUCUCGGUGGUCACAGGAACGGUAGGAGCUUUUGUCGGUCUCGUGGGGCUGCUGGCUUUUCUUCAAUACAGAAGGCUUCGCAAAGGAUAUGCACCCUUAAUGGAGACACAUCUAAGCAGCAAGAGAUACACGGAGGAUGCCUAGGGUGCUCUUGUCUUACCCUAGGAAAGAGGCUGGCCAAGCCAUAGUCCUGGCAUAGGCAGUAACUAAAUACAUAUUUACUGAUUUUGCUUUCGGUAAAAGUCUCCAGCAUGCUUUCUUUGGGACCGAUACCAAAGUGCAUGAGCACUUUGGUAGUGAUGACGACCCCUACAUGUGAUCUUCUGUAGUGAAGGUGACAACCCCGCCCCUGACAGAGAUGCUUACAUAUAGUUGCUGCUUUGCUUAUUUCAUAUUAGCAGUGAUGCUUGCACCUAUCACAUCUCCAAAGCGUGAUGGGGUCAGUUAUCUGUGACCUUGAUUAAAAAUCCUUAUAUUGAUUAAGCCUCUUCCUGUUCUGAAAGCACUGCCACUACCA